ACUAGCCAGUAAGCAAGCAAGGCUUUAUGCUUGCCAUAUUUGCGCAUGCCCGUAGGACCCCAAAACGUCACGCAAGCGCCAACAAGAAGUUCGCCGGGACGAACAUAAGGGCUUGGACUGCAUUGUGUAGUUUUCUGCAGGUUUCAUGCGGUAGUUUUCUAUCUAUUGCAUGACAUGUGUUUUCAACUGAGGUUUGCAGGUGCAUGAAAACAGCAAUUUUGCACGAGUGCCAAAUUAAGUUACCCAAAUCUUGUCAACAAUGCCGAAGUCAGUCAAGAAGUCCAGCGCGCAAACGUCCAUUAGCAGAUUCUUCAGUGGGUUUAAUAAGCAGGCAAAUGUCAGCAGAACUUCAUCCGGGAUUAAACCUGCAAAUGCUGGACACUUCGGGCUCGCGGGCAAGAAGAAACUCCCUUCCAACGAAGAAGAAUCCGGCAACAAACGAGCAAAACUGUCCCACGAUACAGAGGAUGAUGACACGGGCUGCAUCUUCGUUUGCAGUAAUAAAGUUACAGAUGCAGGGACGGCCGGCUCCAGACGCAGCCUCUCCUCCAGCACUCUGCUGCGGCUGAAGGGCUUCAGCUGCCAGGGAGACUCUGGCCCCCCAGAGCCAGGGAACUGGGUUGGGGCCCACAGCAGAGACCCAGGGGACGCAGCCAUGGGGAGGGGCACAUCAGGAAGAGAGGAGGAGGAGGAGGAUAUCAAAGGGGAAAACAGCCCUGAGAGCAUAGCUAAAGGACAGGGUUCGGCUCAGGGACUCAACCUGAGGCAGUUUGCGAAGCCGGGCAGUGGCGGAGUGGGCCCCGCCAAAAAGAGUCCCACGGAGACCAGCGCCCCCAACAAGAGAACCAAGAGCAUCUACACUCCGCUGGAGCUGCAGUACUUGGAGAUUAAGGAGAAGCACAAGGACGUUCUGCUCUGCGUGGAGUGUGGCUACAAGUACCGGUUCUUUGGGGAAGAUGCAGAGGUCGCAGCCAAGGCGCUCAACAUCUUCUGCCACUUGGAUCACAACUUCAUGACGGCCAGCAUCCCCACCCACCGUCUGUUCGUUCACGUCCGUCGCCUGGUCUCCCAGGGUUACAAGGUGGGUGUGGUCAAACAGACGGAAACCACUGCGCUGAAGGCUUCGGGAGCCAAUAAGAGUGCGAUAUUCACACGCCAGCUCAGCGCACUCUACACCAAGUCCACGCUGGUAGGAGAGGAUGUGAACCCCUUGCUGACGUUGGGGGCCCUGGAGGAGGCCGAGGACGUGGUGCUGGACGCCCCAAACAACUACCUGAUGUGUGUGAGUGAGAACUGGGACAGCAAGACCAAGGAGCUGACUGUGGGCCUGGUGGCCGUCCAGCCCAGCACGGGGGAUGUGAUGCUGGACUGCUUUAAGGACGGGCCGCCCCGCUCAGAACUGGAGGCCCGUGUCCUGCGCAUCCAGCCUGUGGAGAUCCUGCUCCCCUCGGACCUCUCCCAAACCACAGAGCAGCUCCUUCGGGGCAUCGCGUCAGCCAGCGUGCAGGCCGACGACCGCAUCCGCGUGGAGAGGCUGGACAGCUCACGGUUCGAGUUCACCACCGCGCUGCGGACCGUCACCGACUUCUACUCCGACGCGUCGCAUCAGAAGGCCGGGGAGGCUGAUCGAGGUGCGGCAGGCACGUCCCUUCGUACCUGUCAUCUCCAUGAUUCCAACUCUCUCUCCAGUAUCAUCAGUUUGGAGACGCCAGUCAUCUGCUGUCUUGGCCCUGUGAUCCAGUACCUGGCUGACUUCAACCUGCAGAGAGUCCUAACGUGCCCCAGCUCCUUCAGACGGCUCUCCUGCGAGGCAGACUGCAUGUCUCUCAGCGCCACCACCAUGAGGAACCUGGAGAUCCUCUGCAACCAGACCGACUGCAAGGUGAGGGGGAGUUUGCUGUGGGUGCUCGACCACACCCAGACCCCGUUUGGGCGAAGGCUGAUGAAGAAAUGGGUGUCCCAGCCCUUGAAGUCUGCCACGGAGAUCCGGGCGCGGCAGGACGCCGUCGCCGAGGUCCUCUCCUCCGAACACAGCGCCCUGCCCUCGGUCCGGGCGCUUCUGUGCCGCCUGCCCGACCUGGAGAGGGGCAUCUGCAGCAUUUACCACAAGAAGUGUUCCACUCAGGAGUUCUACCUCAUCAGCAGCACCCUGUCCCGGUUGGGGGCGGAGCUACAGGCCCUGGUUCCCGCCAUCCAAUCGCAGCUGAGCUCCACCCAUUUGAAAGAGCUGCUCACGGAACUGCCCCGGCUAUUGGCUCCCGCGCAAGGCUUUCUGAGCGUGCUCAAUGAGACAGCGGCCAAGACCGGGGACAAGACCCAACUGUUCGCCGACCUGACCGACUUCCCCGUGAUCCGGGAGAGGAAGGAGGAGAUCCAGGCGGUCCUGUCCGACAUCCUGGAGCACCGCAGGGAGGUCCGGCGGGUGCUGAGGAACCCGUCUCUGGACUACGUAACCGUGUCUGGUCAGGAGUUCCUCAUUGAGGUGAAGAACUCAUUGUCAUCUUCUGUUCCCUCUGAUUGGGUAAAAGUCAGCAGUACGAAGGCAGUGGGUCGUUACCACUCCCCUUUCAUCGUAGAGAAGCACAGACGCCUGCUCCAGCUCAGAGAGCAGCUGGUCAUUGACUGUGGCCGGGAGUGGACCAACUUCCUGCAGCAGUUUGGAGAACACUAUCACAUUAUGAGGAAAGCGGUUUGUCACCUAGCAACACUUGACUGCUUCUUCUCAUUGGCUGAUGUCGCCAAGCAAGGCAAUUACUGCAGACCGGAGGUGCUGGAGGGGGAGAGCCAGAUCAUUAUUCGGGAGGGGAGACACCCAGUCAUCGAUGUGCUGAUCGGAGAACAGGAGCAGUAUGUUCCCAAUGACACGGAGCUUCAGGGAGACGGUCGGAGGACCAUGAUCAUCACCGGGCCAAACAUGGGCGGCAAGAGCUCCUACAUCCGACAGGUGGCGCUGGUGUGCAUAAUGGCGCAGAUGGGGUCCUUUGUCCCGGCGAGAGAGGCCACUCUGGGGAUCGUGGAUGGCAUCUACACCAGGAUGGGCGCCUCCGACAACCUAUCGCGUGGCAGGAGCACAUUCAUGGAGGAGCUCUUGGAGGCGUCGGAGAUAGUGUCACGGGCCACGUCGCGCUCUCUGGUCAUCCUGGACGAGUUGGGGCGGGGCACCAGUACCCACGACGGCAUCGCCAUCGCCUACGCCACCCUGGAGUUCUUCAUCAGAGACGUGAAGUCCCUGACUCUGUUUGUCACACACUACCCUCCCCUGUGCGAGCUCGAGAGAGUCUUCCCUCAGCACGUCGGCAACUACCACAUGGCCUUCCUGCUGAACGAGAUGGACGCGCAGGCCGACGACGAGGAGGCCCGGCCGGAGUUCAUCACCUUCCUGUACCAGCUGACGGAAGGGGCGGCGGCCCGGAGCUACGGGCUGAACGUGGCCCGGCUGGCCGAGGUGCCGGAGUCCGUCAUCCGGACCGCGGCGCUCAAGUCCAAAGAGCUGGAGGCCGCUGUCGACGUCCGCAGGAAAAGUAAGAAGAGAUUUUUGGAGGCUUGGAACAUUGAAGACCGAGAGGCGCUGCAGAGCUGGAUGCAGUCAAAUUCCUGAAAAGGGAAUAAAAUGGAAUUGUUAUAUGCACAAAUCUCUGACUGUGUGUGUAUAUGUAUGUGUGUGUGCUGGCGUGUGUGAACACGCUUAUUAAUAGCUGGGUAUGAUUCGGAUUUUCUAGCGAAGUUCACGUUCGGAUGAAAUCCAAGCAUCACGUCUGUCAAAAGUGAGCUCGACCGCAUCUUUUAAAAUGCCAUAAAAUACCAUUUUUGAUG